AUGAAUCUUUACCUAAAUGUGCUGCACGAAAUAGAGGCGAUCCUUCAAAGGUGCAACGGAGACGUGUAUCAAAAGGUUCGAAAAAUAAUCGAGUACAUUCGGAGGAACUACAGGGAAGACCAGGAGGAGGUGGUCGCGCCGAAGAAGGGCAAUGCUGCAAAGAAGAAGAGAGCCAAUUCGAGGAGGCGAGAUGAAAAAGACACGAGCGCGGCGAAGCAGCCGGAGAAACUGGCAACGAAGCAGACGGCGAAGCUUACGACAAAGCUGACAGCGAAGCAGACGGCAAAGCUUACGACGAAGCAGACGACGAAGCAAACGGCAAAACUUACGACCAAGCAGGGCGAAAACGCGAACAGCAUAAAGAACUACUUCAAAGUCGGAAGCCCAAAUGGAAGUGCCAAAGAUUUCAUAAUCCAUAGUAACAAAAGCAUUACACAUAUUAUGUGUCCUCAACUGAAGGACAACGAUUUCAAGGGAUUGAACCAACUUGCAAAGGAAAUACUAACGUACAAGGUGAACUCUCUUCACAUAUUUAUUGUUGAGUCCUUUGAUUCCUUGAAUGAUCAAUUUAGGAAAAUAAUUAUGAACAAAAUGAAAAAAAGUAAAAAUCUCAUUUUCAUCCACAGCACUGUUUGUUUGAAUGAUAUUUAUUUGGCCAAUUGUCUAUAUGUCCGAAUCCCCAAACCAGACAAACAUUUAUUCAUUUCUCAUUUUUUACAUUUAUCUCAAGAUAAAUACAAAAUGGAUAUUCAUAAUAAGGAUAGAAAGGAGUACCUGGAAAAUAUCAUAAGCAGUUGCAACUAUGAUAUUUCCCUCAUCCUCACUAUGCUGUACUUUAUCAAGCUUAAUAACUUCCCAGAGUUGAAAAAAAUUAUCAAACUUAUUCUAAACACAAAUAUAAAAAAGCUAGUUUGUAUUAUACAUAAAUGUGUCAUUUCAAAAAAUUCCUUAUUCUUAAUUAGAAAUAUUUUAUAUUCCAUUUUGUAUACUUACAAUUUUGACAUGCAUAAUUUUUUUACUAUUUUUUGCAAACAAUUGAUUUCUUUUCAUAAAGACGAUGAUAAUUAUAAGAAGGAGAUUUUUUCUUUGUUUUCAGAAUAUAGUUAUUACACUUCUUUACAUGACAAUCAUAUUUGUUCCUUGGAGAGUCUUGCCUCCAAAGUGAUCCUUGUUGAGCAGAAGUACAUCACCACGUUGAAUCCCGGUUCCCCCAUUUCCGAGGACAAGGACGAACUCAGUACCAGCUUUCAGUCCGAGCCCGCGUGA